CGCCAAGGAAAUAAUAUUUUUUUUGUUUUUGUCGAAGGUACUACCUACUUUGUGCGUUUGGGUGGAUUUUAGAUAAUAUUCCUUUUUAGCAAAUUAAUAAUAAUAUAACAAUAGCAUUUGUAAAAUUUUAUAACUUUGUUUCUGAGCGACUACGUACACUGCAACUAGUACAAUUUUAAAAAUGGUUGGGCUUGAAACGGACAUAAACCGGGAUGACGAAUGCGACAAUAUUGGCUUGGGAUGUGCUCUGGAGCACUUUUCCGAGUUCGAGGAUGUCAUGAAUAUGAUCGAUAAUGUGAAAAAUAUUUAUAAUACCCCAGCUUUAGAGGCAGAAUACGAUAAACUCUAUACAAUACUGAAACAAUAUUACGAGCAACCACAUUUACUUGAUCCUUAUUUGGACAAGAUUUUGGCUAAGUUUCUAGCGCUGAUUAAGGACAAGGAGUCUCCUAUGGAGCUUAAACAUGCUACAUUUAAUUAUAUGUAUCAGAUUAUUAGAGUAAGAGGGUACAAAGUAGUUGUUAGAUAUCUCCCACAUGAGGUAUCAGAUCUCUUAACAGUACUUCAGUUUUUGGAAACCCAGGACCCUAACGACAAGGAGACAUGGCGCAGCCGAUUUGUACUGUUGCUCUGGCUGUCUAUUAUUGUCAUUAUUCCUUUCCACAUGAGCAGACUAGAUGGAUUUGCACCUGGACAGCCAGAUGCUGGCACUUCAAAGAAACUGACCAUAAUGGAAAGAAUACUCAACAUUUGUAAGACAUAUGCUUUGAGUAAGGAUGUAUGUGCUGAAGCCACUGCAUUUCUAGCUUCUAAGUUUCUUGUAAGAUCAGAUGUAAAAGAACUCUACUUGGGCGCAUUUUUUGAUUGGGCCCGUGAUUUACAUUCUAAUUUGGAUGAUGAGAAAAAGAUACAUUAUGGGGUAUUGGCUGCAGUUGCUGCAGUCCUUAAACAUGGAAAAGGAGAGGACCUAUUACCAUUUGCACCUAAGUUAUUAGACUGGGUUACUAAGCUGAAUUAUAAGCAGCACAAACUUAUGUUAAUAAGAAAGUAUGGUGUUAAAAUUGUCCAGAGAAUUGGGUUAACAUUCCUCCGGCCGCGUGUGGUGUCAUGGCGGUACACACGAGGCUCGCGAUCCUUGGCAGUUACACUAGGUGGCACCACCGCUGCGGCCGGUGAUACGGAAUCUAUGGCAAUUUCACCGGAUGAUGAUGACCAGGACAUUCCACAAGAGGUCGAGGAUGUAGUAGAACUUCUGCUGUGUUCUCUUCGUGACGACGAUACAGUAGUCCGAUGGUCGGCCGCCAAAGGUGUUGGCAGGAUUGGUGCGAGACUACCCGUGCUUGCCGCCGCGGAUGUUUGUGAGAGUGUGCUGACCUUGUUUGAGCCCAAUGAGCGGGAGACUGCUUGGCAUGGAGGUUGUAUGGCACUCGCUGAGCUAGCACGUCGCGGCCUCCUAUCACCCCAGCAACUAGGGUCGGCAGUUUCGGCCGUGGUGGCAGCGUUGUCUCGCGACGAGCCGCGAUUGGCCGGCGGCGGCGGAGGCCGCGCUGCACGGGACUCCGCGUGUCACGCUGCAUGGGCCUUCGCCAGGGCGUACGACGCCAAUGAACUAGCCCCCUAUGCAAACACGCUGGCCAAUGCGUUGAUUGCUACUGCCUGUUUUGAUAGAGAGAUAAACUGUCGUCGUGCUGCGUCAGCGGCUUAUCAAGAAAACGUGGGCCGACAUGGCAUGUUCCCUCAUGGAAUUGACAUUCUAACUACGGCAGAUUUUCAAACUGUGGGCCCACGGAAUAACGCAUACUUGGUGAUCGCACCUCAAGUUGCAACCUACAGUGAAUAUACGCAGCCAUUAAUUGAUCAUCUAGUCGAUUUGAAAGUCGAACAUUGGGACUGCGCUAUACGAGAACUCGCAGCUAAAGCGCUUAAUAAAAUUACCCCUACGCUUCCUGAAUACGUGGCAACGGUGGUUUUGCCAAAGCUCGUGAAUAAAACGGAGUCUAUUGACUUGAAUGUGCGUCAUGGAGCUAUUCUGGGCAUCGGUGAGACCAUCUUGGCAUUGUCUCAAGCUAAGUUAGUUGAUGGUAAAAACGCUGAUACGCUGAUAUCGCCGGAGAUAUUAAUAUCGGUGCGGGAGCUGGUGAGCCGCUUGCGAGCGCGGCAGCAGUUCCGCGGGUUGGGCGGUGAACUGAUGCGCCAGGCAUGUUGCCACUGCAUCGCUGCGCUGGCGCAGGCCGCCGCGCCCUACCACGGACAUGAAACUAUCGACGAGUGGCUAAACCUUAUCGAAGAAUGCCUCUCUCACGAAGUACAAGCGAUUCGCGAAAAAGCAAUUCACGCGCUACCACUCGUGUUCGAUCAAUACUUGCGCGACGAUAACCUUAUGUAUGGCGAAUUGAACGCUAAACAGAAGCGUAUGCAAUUGAUGGACAAAUAUUGUGAACAGCUGACUAACACUGGAGUCAAUGGCCUUGUGCUGCGAAUGGGUUAUGCUAGAGCUGUUGGUGCUCUUCCGAAAUUCGUUCUCAUCGAACAUCUACAAACCGUGGUUCAAUCUCUGAUCGACUGUACAAAAGUGACGGAAAGCACCUUAAAAUGGGCGGAAGCUCGUCGCGACGCGGUUAUUGGUUUGACCGAAGUCUGUCAAACUAUAGGCAUUGUAAAUGGAGUUGAAAAGUACAUUGGGGAGAUCGUAGAUGCACUGCUGGAUUGUUUACAAGAAUACACUGUUGAUAUGAGAGGCGAUAUCGGGGCGUGGGUUAGGGAAGCUAGUAUGACGGGCCUCCUCUCAAUCUGCCGUCAAUGCGCUGUAGAAGCUCCCUAUCUCAACACUGCUGACAUUAUGAGGGAAAUAAUGAGUGGCAUCGCGCAGCAGGCGGUUGAAAAAAUCGAUCGCACUAGAGCACAUGCCGGGAGGAUAUUUACGUCUUUAAUUUACAACGAUCCUCCAAUCACAAACAUUCCCCACCACGACGCUCUAAAACGCAUUUUCCCAUCUGACGAAGUGGAAUUAAAACCCCAAACAAAUGAGGACGAAAACGAAGCUACCAGCGAGAAUUCAAACGUAGUACUAUGGCUGUUUCCUGGACACACCAUGCCUAGAUUCGUUCAGCUGUUGCGCUAUCCUGCGUAUAGAUACAAUGUCGUCAAAGGCUUGGUCGUCAGUGGCGGAGAGCUUACUGAGAGCCUGGUGAAGCACACAACUCAAUCUCUCUACACGUACUUAAACACGCUGCAUAGCGACAAAGACAUGUUGAAAUCUAUUUGCGAUACCAUUAUCAAAGUAUUCUCAGACAAUAUACACGUUAGAAGGAUUACUGGACCUAUUUUUAACUUCUUGGAUAGACUGUUGAGUUCCGGCUCAGUUUCGCCAAUACUCGAAGAUCCAGAGUCCACGUUUGCAAUGGAUGUUCUGAAGUACCUUAAGCUGGAAUUAAGGGGAGCGAAAAAUAUCUACAAACUUCUUGAUUCCAUCAAUGUCCUAUGUCAAUUGAUUCAGGUGGGUGGUACGGUUUGUAGUCAGGCACUAGGGCAGCUGGUCAUCUGCUUGUGUUACGCCGACCGCUACGUGCGACGUUGCGCUGCUGCCAGAUUGUACGAAGCCCUUACGCUGUACGGAGACGAGAGUUCUGUGCCAUCGGAGAACUUGGAUCAGGUAAUGACCGUCCUAGCCGAAACCGACUGGGAGAAAGACGUGUCAGAACUGAGGCCAAUAAGGAACGAGCUCUGCGAUCUCAUGAAUGUAAAACGGCCAGUUUUGAAACAGAAGCCUACGUCGUAAUAUCAGCUUUAAUUUGCUUUUGCGUAUUACCUCUUUGAAGCAAUGAGGAGGAAAUUUGCCAAUAGAAAGUAACUGGCAGUCAACCAAUCACAAACACCCGAUUUAUUUAAAAAAUUGUUCCAGCGUCUGUGGUUAGUUGUUGACUUAAACGGCACUGUUGUCUCUUCCCCGUUUAUUGCGUAGUGCCUUAAUCGUGACACUUUUAUUUUUCUCCAGAACUUGCUUUGUAUGAUUGCUUAAUAUGUGAUACUAAUGUAUGAAAGAAGUUCUUUUCGCUUAUAUAUAUAGUUUAACAAUGUCUGACGGAUUAUAUUUUUAUAAUGAGCUGAUCUUGAAUAUUUCUGCAUUUAUGUUACUCCACGUGAUAAUAUACGUAUUUAUUUA